AAUAUAUUUAAUUUAAAUAGAAAUACAAUUAAUAUUUCUUGUUAUUGUAAUCAUUUUUGUCGUCGUCGUCGUCGUCUUCGUCAUUGUCGUUAUUCGAUGUUCAUCGUAAUUUUUGAUUUAAUAAUACUCAAGAAAUAUUAUCAUAAUUAUAGAAUCAGGAGAUCGAUCAUCAACUGAACGUGAAACAGGUGGUAAUAAUUAUCGUAGCCGUGACAAUAUAACAUCUGGUGGUGAUAAUCGUAAUCGAGAUGAAUUAUAUCGUUCCGGUGCAGGAACAAGUUCAUCAUAUGAUCGUCAUUCAUCACCAGCAUCAUCAACAUCUAUUGAUAAUAUGCGUGGUAAUAAUGAUCGUCAUCCAUCAACUAUUCGUGAAGAAUCUAGCCGAAGUGGUAGUACUCUUAGUCGACUUCGAGAUCAAGGUGAAUCAACUGAUCGAGGUUCAGGUGGUCGUCAUACUGGUGAAGGUGACGAUUCAUCAUUAGAAGAUCCUCAUGAACGACGUGAUCGUUUACCAGCAUCACGUAAAGAUGAAGGUUAUGGUCAAAUUCGUUGUGGUCUACGUUUUGAUCGGGCACGUAGUAAACUUAUUGUACGUGUUUAUGAAGCACGUGAUUUGAUUAAUACGGAUAAGAAUAGCCUUUCAGAUCCGUAUGUUCGUUUACUACUUUUGCCUGACAAACGUAAAAAAACCAAACGACGCACCAAAGUUAUGAAAGAUACAUUAGCACCUGUUUUCGAUGAAACAUUUGAAUAUGAUAUGACAUAUGAAGAAGCAAAAUUAAAAACAUUAGAUCUUACAGUUAAAAAUGAUCGAUCACUUUUUUCAACUGACAAAGUUUUCAUGGGUCAAUCAUUAAUUACAUUGGCAAAUUACAAUUUAGAUGAUGGAAGUUUAAUUGAUGAUUGGUUUACUCUUGAACCAGAAGGUGGUUUUAGUAAUAAUCUAACAUUAACACCUUAUGUAUCAUCUCAACCUUUAUCUUCAAAUCGAACAGAACCGACUAUUUUUGAGCAGGUAUAUGGUGGUUAUCGACGCCGUCCAGCAAUGAUUAGUUUGAAUACACAAUGGAUACCUGUUGAUGAUCGUUCAGGUACUUAUCAAUGGAGUGGAAGUGAUAGUAGUAAUCGAAAAGUAAAGACAGUAACCUUUUUUGGUACUGGUGAAAUGCGAGGACAACAAUCUACUAAAGCUGUUACACCACCGAGUUCUGAUUAUACAGAUGCAUAUCUAUCUACGUUUGCUUCGAAAUCAAUUCCAACAAGACAUAUCCAUCGAUUAAGUACUUCUGUAUUUGCUAAUUCUGCACCAAUUCCACUCAAACCAACGAGUACACCUUUAUUUACAAGUGAUUCAAUAAAAACGAGUCAAACUCGUUUUGAGAAUAUAAAUAAUAAUAAUAUUCAAUCAUCGAAUUUAUUCGAUAAACCUAUAUUACCUUCAUCUACUCGAAGCUCUACAUAUUCGUCAAGCUUCGUUCCUGAAAAAUCAACAACAUACGAACCAUUUUCAAGUACACAAUAUUCUUCCCCUCAAUCUCAAACAUUUACGUCAAGUUAUUCAACAUUACUUCGUACUCCUACAUCAACUAUAACGAGUUCUUCGAAUCCAUAUGUAGAUAAUCAACAAUCUUAUACAACUUUUCAAACUCGUACACAACCAUCUCCAUCUAUAAAUCCAUCUAUAUAUCAAUCUCAAUCUCAAUCAUCUUAUGAUAGUAUAUAUAAACCUAUACCACCUUAUUCUAUGCAAUCAUAUCCUCCAUCAAAUAUCAGUACAUCAUCUUUAUCAUCGUCAUCAUUAGGAUCUUCAUACGCAUCCACUAAACCAUUUGAAACUACUCCAUUAUCAACUUAUUCUAACAUUAACCAAAGUUAUACAAAUGAACGUAUAAUUUCGCCAACUCCUAAAUUUGAAAGACCAUUUGAAUCCACUCCAUUAUCAACUUAUUCUAAUACCAAUCAAAAUUAUACAAAUGAACGUAUAAUUUCACCAACUCCUAAAUUUGAAAGACCAUUUGAAUCUGCCCCAUUAUCAACUCAUUCUAAUAUCUAUCAGAAUUAUACAAAUGAACGUAUAAUUUCACCAACUCCUAAAUUUGAAAAACCAAUUGAUCGACCUGAAACACUUUUAUUUCAACACGACGAAGAUAUUCGAUCAACACAUAUUACAAAACCAUCUCCACUUUAUACUCCAUCACCUGACACUCCAACUACUCGCGAAGAACUUAAAGUUGUCUCUGAACCUUCAAAACAGACAGAAGAUUUAUCUACUAUUUCUUCUGCACCUAUUCAAAUUCUUGAAAAUACUCUUAACAAAUAUGAUUCUUUAAUUAAUCAAAUCUCUGAUAUUCUUGCAAGUGUAUCACCAUUAAGUUCUACUGUAAGCAGUAUGAGUCCAGGUAAAAGUGUACUUGAUUACGAAGUUUCAUCAGAUGGUUCACCAAUUUUGCAACAUAAAAAUAUUGAAAGUCGACUGCCACAACAGUCAACAACAGUAUUAGAUCAAAGUAGUAAUAUUUCACGAAUAACACCUAGUCAUUUAAUUCAUGAUCAUUCACAAGAUAAUAUUAUCACUGCUAGAUCAGAUAUUAAUUCAUUAUCUGAUACUCAAACAUUAUCAGAUGCUACCAAAGAAGAAACAAAACUAUCUUCAUCGAAUGAAACUCAAGUUUCAUCCACAAUGGAAGAUGAGAAUACAGAAUCAAUCGUUCCAGCACUCGACAAUGAUCAAUUUCAAUUAAGAAGUCAACAAGAGAAAGAAGAAAUGAAACAGUCAAUUUCAGAUGAACAUCAAACUUCGUCAGUAAUCACGCAAGAUAUAGAACAAACAACUCCAUAUACAACUGAAGAGGAAAUUAAAAGUUUGUCAUUAGACGAAUAUCAAACUGUUCCAACAGCUGAACGAGUAGAGCAGGAUCAAGUUCAAACUACAUCUACUGUUGAAGAGAACAAAGAAGAAAUAAAACCAUCAUCAAUAGAUGAACAACAAAUUCUACCAACAGCUAACGAGCAAAACAAUGAGUCACAUACUUUAUUAACAGAAGAACAGCAAACUCCAUCAUCAGUUGAAAAAGAAUCCGAAGAAGUAAAGAUUGCUUCUACAGAAGAUGAACAUCAAGUUCCAUCCGUAACUGAAAAAGAGGAAGAAGAGAAAGAAGAUAUAAAAACCUCAUCUGUAGAUGAACAACAAUUAUCCUCCACAACUCAAGAAGAACAAACUUUAACAUCAACUGAAAAAGUAGAUGGAGAAACAAACAUUGCUUCUGCCGAUGAGCAUCAAGUUCCAUCAGCUGUGAAAGACGACCAAGAGACAGAAUCAAAAACUUUAAUUGAAGAUCAAUCUCAUGUUGAAUCAGUAACUGAAGAAGAAGAGAUAAAACCUGCACCAACGACUCAAGAAGUAAACGAAGAGUCAAAGACUUCAUUAAAAGAAGAAGAACAAACUCCAGCACCAGUUGAAAAAAUAGACGAAGAAACAAAAACAACUUCAAUAGGUGAACAACUAGUUCUAUCAACAUCUGAAGACGAUCAAGAGAAAGAAAUGAAAACUUUACCAAUAGAUGAACAUCAAACUCCAUCAAUAACUCAAGAAGAAUCAACAGCUUCUUUACAAGGAGAACAACAAGCCUCAUUAUUGACUGAAAAAGAGGAUAGUGAAACAAAGGUCAUUUCUACAGAUAAACAACAAAUCCCAUUGCUAAAUCAAGACCAAAAUAAAGAAUCAAAUAUUUCAUUAAUAGAAGAACAGGAAGCUUCAACGUCAACUGAAAAAGAAGAUAAAGAAUCAAAGAUUAUUUCUACAUCCGAAAACGAUCAACAGACAGAAAUAAAAACUUCAUAUACAGAUCAAUCUCAAAUUGAAACAGUAGCUGCAGAAGAAAAGAAAGAAGAAACAAUGACUAUGUCAGUUGAUGAACAUCAAACUCCAUCAAUAACUUCAGAAGAAUCAACAACCGUAUUAGAUAGUGAACAACAAAAUUUAUCAUUAACUCAACAAGAAGAUGGAGAAACAAAAAUUAUUUCUGUAGAUGAACAACAGGUUCCAUCAGUAUCAAAUGAAGACAAAGAAGAGGAAACACAAGUUCCAUUUAUAGAUCAAGUGCGAACUGCACCAACAGAAGAAGAACAGCAACAAACUACAUCUUUUAUUGAUGAACCAAAAACUUCAUCGAUAUCUCAAGAAGAAAAAUUAACUGAUUCAUUAGUAGAAGAUCAGCAAGUACCAACAUUAGCUGAACAAGAAGAUAAAGAAGAAAAGAAGGAAGAAACUAAAACUUCAUUUAUAGAUCAAACUCAACAUGAAUCACAAAUCGAAGAAGAUAAGAAAGAAGAAACAGAACAAUCAGAGUUAUCGGUGGUUGAAGGAGAAAAUGAACAUACGAAGGUUCAAUCUGAUGAAAACAAAGUUACCGACGAACAAGCAAUAGAAGAAGCUACAUCAGAAAUUAACGAUUUCAUUCAACAGCAAACAGGUUUACUAACAAAUGUACCAAACGAUGUACCUGUAACGGAUGAAACAGAACAAGCUUUGGUCGGUGAUAUAUCAGCAAAAAAAAUUGAAAAACGCGUAAGAUGGGAUGAAACUGUUGUUGAUAAUGAAGACGAUGAAGGCUCAUUAAGUCAAAGUGGUACAGAAGAUAGUAGCACUUCCGAAUCUUCAACUAUGACAACAGGUGAAGAUAAUAGUACAUCAUCAACUACUGAAAAACAACAUAUAACUACAGAUGAAUCAGAAACUACUGUCGAUCAAUCAGCAAAAUCUUUAGAUGUAGAACCACAAAUUAGUUCUGAUCAAAUAAUAAAUCCUUUAACUUCUACUGAUUCAUCCAUAACAUCAUCAGAUAUAUUUGAUCAACCAAUUGCUGUGUCAGAUUCUACUGAAGAUCAAGCAAAUUCACAAGUAAUUACUACAGAACAACAAUCUGUUCCAUCAGAUAUGACUGAAAGACAAAUCAGAUCUGUUAGUCCAAUUGAAUCACAAUUAUAUGAUAGUGAACGACAAGUUCGCUCAAGUAGUUCAGCUGAUACUCGUUCGGGAUCAAUUACUGAUUCUUCCAAAGAAGAUACAUUUACUGUUGACGAAGUAUCAACAGCUGCCUCAGAUAUUAUUAGUGGUGAUGACUUUAGUAAAACUGUGGAUGAAUUGGAACAGAUGAAAAUAGAAUCAAAAGAAGAACCAAUAGUUGAUGAACAUAAUGUUGAACUUCUUUCACAAAUUUCGGAAAGUGCACAGCAUGGAUCUGAAACAACAGUUCUAGAAUCACAAUUACCAAUUGUAAGUCCAAUCGAUACAUUGGUUAAUACAGUUCCUAAUCGCUACAUUAGUAGUGACGUAUAUCAUGGUUAUUUGGGUGAACACAAGCAAUUUAUGCAAAAUGAUAUAUCAGAUAUUGACGAAGAUGAUACUAAAAAAUCACUUCUUGCUUCUCUUCGCGAAACUAUUACGGCACCUAUUACACCACUUAUUGAAACAAUUCAAGGUGUGGUUUCAAGUCUACAAACAACAACAGAAACACAUUCAUCAAAAACGGAAAAUGAAACAACAUUAAGUACUACAGAUAUUAAAGAAACAGACGAAGGAAGUGAACCUACUGUCAACACUUCAGAAGAAUCAAAAACAAUAUUUGAAAGUAUUCGCGAAGCAAUUGCUACACCAAUUACAGCAUUAGCCGAAUCUAUUCAAACAACAGUUUCAAAUCUUCAAUCUGAGGAACAAGAAAUUUCAUCUACUGACGAAGAAAAAUUAUCGUCCAGUUUGACUAGUUCAUUAUCUGAUAACAUUCAAGAAAAUGUUACAACAACUGAACCAUCAACAGAUUUACGUACAGAAGAUGAAGUUAGUGUUGCGUCCGAUGCUGUACAUGAUGAAACAGUGGCUAAUAAAACAGAAUCGUACGAUGGUCUAAUCACUGAUAAUACAAUUUCAGCUUCAUCAAACAUUAUUAGUACUCCUUCAGAAGAAGUAAAUGAACAAAAAGAAAAAACAUCUGUAGAAUCUUUAUCGUCAGAAAUUCCAGAACCAACAUCAACUGCUAUCGUAUUCGAGCAAACAGAUAUUACCGAUAAACAAAGUGCAACAUCUUCCGAAGAAGCUGUAUCAUCUACAACAAUUCCUGAACAAAUAGAUACUACUGAUAAACAAGAAGUAAUUCCAGUUGAAGCAACAGCGACUGAGAAAUCAAAUGAAUUAACUACUGAACAGAACAUAGAUGAAAAUACAUCAACAGAAACUAAAACGACUUUGGAAAUUCUUCGUGAUGUAGUUACACAUCCAUUGGCAAUACUCAAUGAAAAACUUCAAAGUAUUUUACCUACUUCAGUUAGCGAACAAACCGAAGAAACAACAGUGGACGCUAUGAAAUCUCCUACUGAUAUAUCUAAAGAAACAAAAAAUGCUGUUAUCGUUGGUCAAGAAUCUGAUUCAACAACUGAAACUGAAAAAAAUGAAUUGAACGAGACAAAAACUACUUUUGAAACUAUACGAGAUAUUAUUACUCAUCCAUUAGAAACAAUUCAAAGUGUUAUAUCCAGUCCUAGUGGUGAACAUGUCAAUAUAUCGGAACAAAUUGAAAAUUCAGAAACGCAAUCAACUCUUGAGCAAAAACUAGAUUCGACAAUCGAAUCCGAACAUCUUGAGUCAGAAGAAUCAAAAAGUACUUUUGAAACACUUCGUAAUGUUAUUACUCAUCCAUUAACAACAAUUCAAAAUAUUAUUUCUUCUUCAACAGUCGAAGAAGGUGGUCCAACAGUAGAACAAAAUAUAUCUUCAAGUAAUAUCGAUGAAAAUAAGGAUAAAGAUAUUAAUACAAAAAUAACAGAAUCAAAUUUCAAAACAGAUCAAGAUACUAUAACAAAUCUAUCAACAGCAAUUAAUGAAACCGUUGAAAGUGGUAUACCAAAUACAAUUGAUCAAAUUUCUUCAUCUGAAGAAAAAGAACAAGUUUUAACAUUUAAAGAACCUGAAUCUGAACAUAAUACAAAUGCUGAGAUGCAAGAUUUAGUUUCAUAUCAAACUGAUGAAACUAUUUCCAAUAUAAAUGAAAAUCUUCUUAAUACAAUUCAGGAUAUAAGCAACAAUAUAAUUCAAUCUGUCAUAAGUAAUUUAAAUCAAAAUUCAGUUGAAAAUCAACAACUAUUCUCUUCAGACAAUGAUGUUGUUAGUUCAAAUACUUCUAAAGAUAAAUCUGAAAGUAAUCAGUUAAUAACAAAUCAAGAAACGAAUAUUCCUCAUAAUCAAACUUCUAUAUCAGAUAUCACUUGGACUGAUCUUGUUGGUGAAAAAUCUUCGAGUGGAAGUCGAAAGAGUUCAUUUGAAGAAAUGAAACAAUUAAUCGAAGAAGUUAUUCAAUCGUCUGAUAAUCUGACGAUGGAAAUAACAGAUGAAAAAAUAACAAUUACACUUCCAGGUCCUACCCAAUCAUCACCGACUAUUGAACAUACAACACAAAACACAGUUUUCGCACCCCAAACUGAUGAUAUUUUGCAACAAUCCACUCAUGAAUCUCAAUCAGAUUCGUCAUUAGCUACGGCAGAUAUCAAUCAAGUUUCAACAAGUCAUUUUCAUGAACCAUCACCCGCAAAUACUGAAGAUGAUUCGCUUGAAUUGAUUCAUGCACUACAAGGACAUAGUAUAGUCCUUCCUUCCGCAUCUCCUAUUCAACUUCAAUCUGCAGCUAAUCAAUCAUCUUUUUCAAAUUCUAUUGCAGAAAAAACUGAUGACCAAUUGUUACAAGCACCAGAAAAAUCUUCAAGUUCAACAACAACAUCAUCACAAAUAACAAGUUCAGAUCGAUAUGUUUCAUAUGCAAUACAUGAAAUGGGUGAUUCAUCUCAAGAACGUUUACCACAAUUUCCAGUAGCAGCUGAUAUACCUUUUUAUGAAUUAAAUAAAAUAACAACGGAAGAAAAUAAAGAACAACAACAAGUUUUACCAGAACCAUUUAUUGCUAACAAUCAAGUUGCAAUAAAAGAUGAUGAUUUAACAGAAUUAGAUGCGACAGAAAAUUUAACUUCAUUUUCCGAUGAUAUACAUUUACAAAAAAAUAAUCCCGAAGAACGAAAAAAUGAAGAUGCUAUUAGUACAGAUGAAGAUGUUGAUGAUGAAAAUUUUAAUGAAUUUGAACCAUCGGAUAUAUCAAAUCUUUAUCGUAUUAUGGAUGAAAUAACACAACAAAAUAAUGAUUUAUCUGAUAAAUAUGAUCAAACUUAUCAACGUUAUGAUAUUUCCAAUAGUAGUUCAUUUUCAACAAAACCUCAAUCAGAUGAUGUUUAUAUUAUACCAGGAUAUCCUGGUUUAUGGAAACCAUCAGCUGAUGAUGAUGAUAGUAAUCAUUCAGGAUUUGCUGAUGAUGAAGAUGAGAAAAAUCAAUCAGCAACAACAGUUAAAACUAAAACAAUUGUUCGAACUACAAAUCCUGCUAAACUUCAAUCAAUUUUACAACAACAACAAAAUUCUACUAAUCAAGAUAAUCCAAUUCGACCAGAUACAGUUGAUAUAUUUAAUCGACCAUUACAUGAAUUUUCAUUUGAUAUAUCAGAAUCGGAUAGUUUUAAAACUUGUGCAUCAACAAUAAAUUCUUCUUCAACAUCAAAACAACAAAAACAAACUGAUUUAUAUCAAAUACCUAUCGAAGAACAAGAAGAACAUCAACUAAGUCCAGAAGAAAAAAUACUUCUUAUACGUGAACGUGAACGUGGUGUUUCAUUACCUGUUACAAUGAAAAUAGAUUAUGAUGAUAUGGCAUUUCGUUUAUCAACAUCAACACCAACUGAUGUACCUUUAUAUUCUUCAACACAAGCACAUUCACCAUUAAUAUCCGGCGAGCCAAUACAAAAAACAACAUCAAGUAGUCGUUCAAGUACUCCAUCAUUAAGUAGUAAUGAAAGUGAUCAACAACAACAACAACAACAAAAACUUCCUUCAUCAUCUUGGUUAAAUACUGUUAACACAACUACAACAACUAUUGAAGGACCCGAUGGACCACUUGAAUCUCGUACAACGAUUCAUAAAUCAGCGAAAGGACCAAUUUCAAUUGCUGAAUGUGAGCCACAAGGAAAAUAUAUUGUUAUUGAAAAUACAAGUCGCUCAAAAAAUAUUGCACUUGCUGGUUGGACAUUACAUCAAGAAAAUGAUAAUGGAGAUAUUUUAACAUUUACAUUUCCUAAUAAUUGUCUUUUACGAUCGAAUCAAUCAUUAAAAGUUCUUUCAAAAUCAAAUGAAACAGAACGAAGAAAUAGCGAUCUUAUUGCUUCAUUAUUGUCUACAUGGCAUACAGGUUCAAAUGUAGUUACAAAAUUAAUCAAUGCCGAGGGCAAGGUAAAACAUAAACACUUCACCUUUAAUCAAUGUUAG